AGAGGAUGCUGAACAGGGAACUGACUCAUCUCUCAGAAAUGAGCCGUUCAGGGAACCAGGUCUCUGAGUACAUCUCCAGCACCUUCCUCGAUAAGCAGAAUGAAGUGGAGAUCCCACCUCCCACACAGAAGGAACGAGACAAGAAAAAGAAACUGCCCAUGUGUCAGAUCAGUGGUGUGAAGAAACUGACCCACAGCUCUAGCUUCAACCUCACUAACUCCAGCAUCCCCAGGUUUGGAGUGAAGACCCAGCAGGAGGAAGCACUGACCAAGGAGAGAGACUUGAUGAAGACCUUCAGGAUUCCGGUUGACACUUUCCUCACCUACAUCAUGACACUGGAGGACCAUUACCAUGCGGAUGUUGCCUAUCACAACAGUUUGCAUGCAGCUGAUGUCACCCAGUCCACACACGUACUGCUGUCUACCCCAGCCCUCGAUGCUGUCUUCACCGAUCUGGAGACUCUUGCUGCAUUGUUUGCUGCUGCGAUUCACGAUGUGGAUCAUCCAGGAGUUUCCAAUCAGUUCCUCAUCAACACCAACUCCGAGCUGGCACUCAUGUACAACGAUGAGUCUGUCCUAGAGAAUCAUCAUCUCGCUGUUGGCUUCAAACUUCUCCAGGAGGAAAACUGUGACAUCUUCCAGAAUCUCCCCAAACGGCAGCGGCAGAGUCUACGCAAAAUGGUCAUCGACAUGGUUCUGGCAACGGACAUGUCAAAACACAUGACCCUGCUGGCAGACUUGAAAACCAUGGUGGAGACAAAGAAAGUGACCAGCUCAGGUGUCCUGCUGCUCGACAACUACACUGAUAGGAUCCAGGUGAUGAGGAAUAUGGUCCACUGUGCUGAUCUGAGUAACCCGACCAAACCCCUGGAGCUGUACCGACAGUGGACAGAUCGUAUUCUGGAGGAGUUUUUCAGACAGGGGGACAAGGAACGCGAGCGAGGGAUGGAGAUUAGUCCGAUGUGUGACAAACACACAGCCUCAGUGGAAAAGACGCAGGUGGGAUUCAUUGACUACAUCGUGCACCCUCUGUGGGAAACAUGGGGUGACCUGGUGCACCCUGAUGCCCAGGAUAUCCUGGACACUCUGGAGGACAACAGAUACUGGUAUCAAAGUAUGAUUCCGCAGAGCCCCUCCCCACCGCUGGAUGACCCCAGUCAGAAUGAAGAAGUGUGCAUUGACAAGUUUCAAUUCGAACUGACACUGGAGGAGGAAGAGGAUUCUGAUCGAUCAGACAAGGAGAGAAACAGCACAGGAGAGGAGGAGACCAGCUGCCACAGCUCAGAGGAGACCAUGUUGUGCACAGCCGAGGCACAGGAGGAGAGAGGCAGCGAGGAGGGACAGUUAGACACCACAGCCAAGGACACAUCUUCUGUAGAAUCAUAAAAGAGGGAGAACAGCCCUUGUGUAGAAAGGACAAAACAAAUGAAAUUUGUCUUUCUUUGGAGACAUGCGCAUCAACUGUAGAUUGGAAUCCAGGUGUGGGAGUGGGUUCCACUGUCAGAGCACCCUAACACUCAGGAAAUCCGGGCCAGAACGGUGGCAGCAGAUCAAAACCAUUCUUUCUCUGGUUUGGACCUUUCAUGGGUAACAGGGUGAGAGGAAGUCACUGAGAAAUAACAUGUUCCUCACUCAUGCCCCAGCCCGACAGGACUGAAGGAGAAGGAACGACAGACUUUCAGCAGGAAUUGGGUGAGCCCACCUAAGCUCCCUCUCCUCCGCAUUGUUUCCACAGCAAGGAAGCCAUUUCUCUGAGUGUGACAGGGUCUGGGAACUGUGUGCCUUUUCUAGAAUUAUCUACAAGCUUUGUCUUUGUAGUUAAGUCAAGCAAUGAUUUGUUUUAUUUUUAAUGUUAUAUAUUACGUACUGUUUCUUAUAAUUUAUUCUGCAAGGUUCUAGUAAGAGCCAGAUCAAUGGGACAGAAGCCGGUGGAUUUGAAGUUAAACCGGUUACAAACACUAAACUCUGCUCUUCAAUUUGUGAAGUCUUCCUCCAACCUUCUUUUGCACAAAACGGCAAUAUCUUGGAACUUUUUAAAAUAAUUUAAGUUGUAGAGAUUCUGGGAUGUGCACAAUUAGCUGUGCUGCCUGAGGAUGGGAAUGUUUCCUCUGAGGUUUACCAUUCCCUUGUGCUAGGAGGGUGCUGCACUUUCAUGUCCUGAGUGGCUUUGAGUAGAACAAGGUAAGGUUUGGUGCCAGGUUGCAGCUAGCUCCACAUCAGGACAGCCUCCUGCCCUCUUUACUCUGCCGGCCAUUCUUCUGAAUUCUGGCAAGAAAUUUAAUCAUAGGAAAUUACAGCCAGGCCCAAUAAUAUCUUCACCUGAUAAAUAUACACAGAUAUGGGCACACACAUGCGCGCAUUCAAACACACACAUACAUGCACACAACUACAUGAACGCAGGCACACAUACACAAGCACAUAUACACACACACACUGAUAGCUACUGAGGUGUAAAGAAAAUCCUGAAAUCGGAAUGAUUUACUUGUCUGCCCCAGAAUCAGGAGAGGGUUCUGUUCCAAUCCACGAAUUUCAUUUGCUUGUUUCUCCAAUUACCCCCAAGACCACGUUACAUUCAGGACAUGAGAUUGCCGCUCUCCUGGUUUGCUGUAUAAGGUCAGUAUAAGUUAAUUUUUUUUUGCCUUAAACUCAGUUUGAGCUUGCAAGAGAACUCUCUACAGCCCACUCUCAAUCCCGGAGAUGAGAUUGUGGGUGUGAUGCCAUAGGGAUUCCCUCCUGUGCCAAGAGCCAAGCUAAUGGAGUCUGCCAGAAUUGCCAAUACUCUAUGCUGUUCUCACCGCCAUAAAUGCUGCAUUCUAUUAAGACUCAGCUCAAGGAACAUGAUGUUAAUCAUAUUGAGUUCCAGAACUAACUUAGACAGUGCACAAUGUGGAGCAUACACUCUCCCUAUAACUCAACACCCACUUUGAAACAUACAGCACAGGAGUACAUUCAGUCUGCCAAGGCUGUGCUGGCUCUUUGAAAAAGUUGUCCAAUUGGACCCAUCCACCUGCUUGCUCCGAUUUCUUUAGUUUUUGAGUAUUUAUCCCAUUCAAUUGAGUAUUUUGAAUUCAAUUUUGAAGUUGCAAAAGAAUUUGGUUCCACUUUUGGGAAGUGCGUUCCAGGUCACAAUAACGCGCUGUGUAAAAAAAUUCUCACCUUCACAGAUUCUUUAUCUGUGUCUUCUGGUUCAGUCCUCCAGCCAGUGCAAACAGCUUCUCCAAUUUUUAAAAAAUUAUUUGAUGGGAUGUGGGCAUCGCUGACCAGGCCAGCAUUUGUUGUCCAUCCCUAACUGCCCUUGAACUGAGCGGCUUGAUAGACCAUUUCAGAGGGCGGUUAAGGGUCAGUCACAUUGCUGUGGGUCUGGAGUCACAUGUAGACCAGGCCAGUUAAAGUUGGCAGAUUUCCUUCUCCUAGGGACAUUACUGACCCAGAUAGGUUUUUUAUGACAACUAAUGAUAGUUCAUGGUCACCAUUACUGAGACUAGCUUUCAAUUCCAGAUUUGAUUAAUUGAAUUUUUAAAUUCCACCAGCUACCUUGGGGGAAACUGCAUCAGUGUCCCAUAGAGUAUUAGCCUCGGUCUUUGGAUUAUUAGUCCAGUGACAUUGUUACUACACCACCAUUUUCCCAUCUCCUCCAGCUAAACCUCUCAUUGACAUAGCGCUUAGAGUCAGGUUGGCAGAGCCAAGGAUUAAAAAUCUGGAGCGGUGUAAACUUCCCCUGUGUGUGCAUAUAACAUCACCCUUAACCUUUAGAGCAGGAUGUGCUCUGAUAUCUAAGAGUUAGAAUCCCAGCCCCCAGCUCUGUUGUUCCAUGCCCCAGUAUUAUAGUAUUGAAUUCUGAAAAGUCAGGCUUCUCCACGAAAGAAAUUAUCAUCACGAUCUUCCAAAUCAUGGGACGUUUCAUGAAAAAAAAACACUCUUCCCUCUUUGGCUAAACAGGCGAGCCACAGAGAUAGGCAGCUGGUGAUAUUGUGGCCAUUCUGUACAGUCUCCGCUAACCAGCCAGGAUCUGGCACAGAUUUGUAGUUCUUGUACAGUUUUUUAGUUUUUAUUGUUCAUGAUUUAUUUUUUUGGUUCUGGUUUGAUAUUUGUACAUAAUGUAAUGUUUGUAAAUGACUCAUUCUAAAGCUGUUACAAUGUGGAGACCAAGAGAUAGUCCUGAUGAGAAGAAUAGUGUUAAAUCCCGUGUAUUAUAAUGUGAUGUGUUAUAAUGCUCUUGGGGAUUGUCACCAACGCCAAGCCAGUAUCCUUUACCAAGUAAGGAGGUGGGGCAAAAAAACAAGAUUUGAAAUGUGUCUGCAGCAAAUAUUCACUCAUAUACACUCAACCGUGAUGGGGGAAUGGUUUACAUAUCUGAGAUUGGAUCAGGCAAAGAGAUUUGAAUAAACCCAGACCACUUUCAACUCUAAUUUCUGCUUCAGAAUGUGAAAUUAUUAACAGGACUAUUAAGCCAACUAUCUCUCCCUGUACAGAUAACCCAAUAUACUGAUUCAAAGACUCACCUCUCAACCAUUCUUCCUCUCAUGAAACACCUCACCCAAUCCCCCCCUUUCUCAGUCCCCCUCCCGCCCUUUGCCUAAUCCUCAUUCACAUAUUUUGCCUUUGCCCAGUCCCCCCUUCGCCCACUCUCUCUCUCUUCCCAUUCACCCCUCGCCCAUU